UUGAACUGAUGUUUAAUGGAAGCCAUACCAGUCUACACAAUGCAAAUCUAACGUUUCAUUUCUCCAGUUUCCCCAAUACUAUGCAUGCUGUACCACUUCAUCAUAAUCCAUAUAAUAUGGGAGCUGUGCAUACAGAAUGGUCCUUGUCAUCAAGCAUUAACAUUGACCAAGCAGAAAUACCAUGCGGAGCAGGCUACAUAAUUGCUGUUGUCGAUGACAUGACCAAUGGAAUGACGUAUGAAGCAGCACAGAGAGGUGUUAGGGUAUGCGAUUUUUCAGACAUUGAUGUAGAACUUGAAGUUGAAAUGGUACAACUUAAUCACACCAUUACGCUCACUGCUGGUUCAGGCACUCUUAAGGAACAAAUGCAACACCAAGGAGCGGCUGUUCAUAGGAUUAUGGUGAGAAAUAACGGUUACCGUCGAGUUAACAACGUCACAAUAGAGAACCCUCAUGUUGUUUCGAUCUAUCUCCGUCGACAUGGUACUCCUGAAACACACACAUCCAUGUGUUCUGUUCCAUCUUACACACUAGAUGACGCCAUGCUCGGUGGUAUGAUGUUUAUGGACGGAAUAGAACCACACCAUGCCCACGAAGCUGAAGAAGACAAAGACAUGCCUAUCUCUGUCAACUUUAAGGAAGGCAUAUCUAUUUGUGGUGAUGCUGAAUUAGUUAUGAUGUUGGACCCACUUGGUAUGAUGAAUGACAGCAACCCAUGUAAUAACUUUGUACGACUGUCUGUUUAUGUUGACUGUAGCCAUUUAAUGGCUAAAGACUUCUGCAUGGUAGUUUCAAAUACAAUGAAAAUUGGAUGGGAGGCUAAUAUGAUAUUUCAAGAUAAACACAGUCAUGAAAUCAAGAUGUACCACUAUCAGGCAAUGGACAGCUACUGGCAAGGUAGAGAUACUCAUAACCAUGACAACCACAUCGAGCAGGUAGGAUUGGCAAAAUUUGUCUUAUUGAAGAAAAAGUUGUCAAUAGUGUACAUGAGGCAUAAUCACGGAAAGUUUCCAUGUGAAACAGUAAUUCCAAUAAUGAAAAGACGAAUGAAGAUGGAAAGAAUUAUGGACUCUUCAGAUUAUACAUUAGAUUCCACAAGGAUGAGUACAAUGCAAAACUUGAAAACGAGGCUGAUGAACAUGAAUGCCAUGGCAAAUAAUGACGACCUGCAAUCCGAGAUUGAAAUGUUUGGAAACGAUACUUUUGGAAUUUCAAAUGAUGUAACGAGAAGUCAAGUUCAAGGAAUGGCCAUGGGAAUGCAAAUGGCAAUGGGGCUUAAGUAUGGAAUAGGAAUAGCUCAAAUGUAUGGACAGCCAAUACCUCAUAACAUGACUAGAACUAUCUUGGGACCUGCCUUGGAAGGAAUAGGGAAAAUCAUAAAAGAGACAAUGGGACAAACCAAAAUGAUGAAAGGAUAUAUGAUGUCUUCUUUGGUUUAUCAUGCUGCUUCUACUUUAAUGAUGGUUCACACAGGUUUAUUCCAUCUACCGAUGGAUGUUGGAGAAAACUUGGAAAAUAUGCUAUAUAACAUAAUAGAUUUCCCGGAAACCAUACUUAACGAUACAACAGAAGACUGUGACCAUUCGCAUGCCGAACAGACUGCAAUGUAUCUGUGGUAUCUCAGUUUGGGGCACAAUUGGGAAGAAUGGUCACACGUGGACCAAUCAAUCUGUAACGACCUAAUGAUUCUAUCCUAUAUGGCACAUGGUGGAGCAAUGGUCCUGGCCAAAGAUAUUUAUGAUGAAGUAGCAGAAGACACAUACAGAGAAAUGCCAAAAAUGUGUCGCCCACAUCUUUACAUGCCCGACGAUAGUCCUCCUGUAAUAUGGAAGGUUAAGAAUGGGCGAGUAUUGAUGGGUAUAUAUUCUCCCCUUGGUGAUGUGGUAACCUGGAAAGUGACAGCAGUUUGCCGUUGUGAUGGUUGUCCAGCAGACACAUAUGACAUGCAUACUAGUUCAUACUACAACGGACACGAAAUGACAACGAAUUAUGGUGGCUAGCUUGUACUUUGUGCUGCUUCGUAUUAACUUCCUGUUGUCCCUUCAACUUCAAUGUGAAAUCGACAUUAUGGAAAGGCUUGGAAGCUACAGUCUCGUCAAUCAUUAAUAAGAUUUUUUACUUUUAGAUGUUUUAGUUACAAAUAGUUACAGAAUUCUUCACGGAGAAUUUAUAUCAAUACUAGACCAACAAAUGUUUCUAUCAAGGAAAUAUUCAGCGAUUAUCUUCCUUUUUUCGUGCUUUUAUUUCGUUUUUCAUUUUAUGUCAUGGUAUUGUUGUUUUUCUUCGACUUAUGCUUUUAGUUGCCCCUUUGGUGUCUCCUGCCUCUUUUUAUGGUUUUGUAUUGUUUUUUUUAACUCCGCAUUACAUAUGUUAUAAGGUUUCAAAACAAUGAAAUCAUCAAAGUGUAUGAUCUCUAACAUUUUAAUAAGACACAUUAUUUGUCGAAAUGCUCAUCUGGUGCAGUAAUAUAUACCGUAAAUGUUAUAUAUGCUAAUUGUAGUUCCUUUGCUGUUUACACAUAUGACCUUUUUAUUAUGUCAGUUAGCUGAGGUUUCCUUUCUGAAUCAAAUAACCCACAUAAAAAUAGAAUAUAAUUGGAGUAAUUUUUUUUUCAAAUUGCAAAACUGAAGGUUAAAGGCAGUUGUAUUAAUUUUCUUCAUUUGAGAUAUAAUUAUAAUAUUUUGAGGACCAACAAUACUUCGAAAAGUUUUUUUGCUAAUGCGAUAUUAUGAUAAUAUCUCUUCUUGGUGAAUCAUUGGUGUACGUUAUGUUCUUAAGAUUUCAAAUAUGUUACAAAAAUUACAGAUAUGCAUUUUUUAUUAUUAUUCACAAGACGUUCAGUAGUCAAUCAAUUUUCAUCAACAUUUCUCAAACUCGUGCGACACUGAUUCGUUAUUUAUAACAAACAAGAAAAUUAUCCACCAUUCUACAAAUUAUUCUCUAACAGUUACUUCUCUUUUUUCAUGUUUUGAUAAAGAACUGUAUUCUGUUUGUUAAAUAUCUGGUGAAAUUUUUAAUCAUUUUGGCCUUCUAUUUUUCAUAUUGAGAAGUGAGGUAUGAAUUAUCGUUACGAAAAUGCAGUAUUUUUAUCUAGUAUAAAUAUGACAAUCUA